AUGGCCUCAGUGGAUGAGGUCUUCGCCUUUGUCAUUGAUCAUCGCAACACAACCAACGCCGUCCUCGUCCUCGACACCGAAUAUACCUGGGACGGCGACGCCGCCAACGGAUUCCAGCGCCGGUUCGUGGCGGCCAACACCUCGCUCGACUUUAUUACCCGGUACCAGAUCUGGUACAAUUCCUCACUCGAGCUGUCCGAAGAUCCAACCGAGCGGCGCCAGCAGGAGCAGGAGCAGAGUGGGCGAAGCCGCCCGGAGAUCGGGCUGUCGGCGGUGCGGUUGCAGCUGGCGUUUGAUCGCGCUCUGCUCAAGUAUGGCGUGACGGUGACGCCAUCUCCGACGCCGCGAAGCUUCUCGGGUCUCUCUGUCAAGUGGAAGGCGUUCCCGUCGGUUCCAACCGGAGCGAGCCCAGAUGAGAUCGCGGUGACGGCCGGCACAGUCUUCUUUUACUGCGCCAUGAUGUUUGGUUUCAUUCUCCUUCUAGUUGCGCUGGUGUCCGAGAAGGAGAAGCAGCUGCGGUCAGGCCUUCUCACGAUGGGACUGCCAUCGUCCGUCUUCUGGAUCUCAUGGCUAGUGACUGAGCUCGUGCUGGCCGCAAUCGGUGCGGUGCUUGUGGUGGGCACGGGAUGGGCGCUUGGCUUUGCCUUCUUCCGCACGGUCCCGGUCUCGCUCACCUUUGCGCUCUUUUUCGGCUUUGGAGCAGCGCUCAUCCCGUUUGCGUUUGCGCUUUCGACGAUGCUGCAGACGACCAAGUCUGCGGUCUUUGCGGGCAUUGUGCUCUUUGUCUUUGGUCUCCUCCUCACAUCAAUCCUGUUUGCGGCGCAGGUGGUGUAUCUGCUGUAUGACGACUCGGUGCCCAACGUGGUGACGACGCUGCUCUCGGCUUUGCUGCCGCUGUACAACUUUGGUAAGAUCUACACCGACAUUGCGCCCAAGACCUACUCGACGUUCAACUACGCGACGAACAAGUACGAGACCGGACCGGGCUUCUCGUGGAGUGACAUGGGCAAGGAGCCAGAGGCGUAUGCCACCAACGACUCUGUGGACGUUGCGCCGCCGAUGGUCAACCUCAUCAUGUUUGGUGUCAACUUUGUGUUCUAUCUAGUAGCGACAUGGUACUUGGACGAGGUGAUGCCGUCAGAGACUGGGAUGCGCCUGGGGCGCUAG